CAUUUACGCUCUUCUUCUCCUUCGUCACACUCCAAACAUCCUCUUGUUAAAGAAUGAUAUGUGAAUUUAGACUAUUUUUGCCUAUUUCUGCGUAAAUAAGGAUAGUUUUUUUUUCCUGCGUAAUUUGGGAUCUUGCUAGAAUUUGUUAGAUUCUGACUUUUGAUUCAUUCUUAAGAAAAAUCGAGAGAAUGGAGAACGAGCUGUUUAUGAACACAGAGCUUCCGCCACCGCCGGAGAUGGCGGUGCAUUUUGAACCACCGUCCUCUUCAUCGCCGACGCUUAACUGGGCGUUAAUGGAUCCAAAUCUUUCUCGAAAUUCGUCGCCGCCGCAGGAUUGCUUUCCCUGGGAAAAGUCAACGGAACAACAACAACAACAGAGCUUCUUUGACUCUGCUCUGAGCUCCCUCGUCUCUUCUCCGACGCCGUCGAAUUCCAAUUUCUCCGGCGGAGGCGGUGACGGAUUCAUGAUCAGAGAACUCAUCGGGAAGCUUGGCAACAUCGGAAAUAGCUCCGGUGAGAUCUACGGAGCUCCGAUGGGAAACAAUAAUGGGCAGGAAUCUCGCUCCGCCUCGUGCUACGCAACUCCGAUGAGCUCUCCGCCGCCGCCGAUGAUGAGCAGAACUACGCCGUUGACGGAAUUCUCAGGGGAUCCGGGAUUUGCGGAGAGGGCAGCGAGAUUCUCUUGCUUUGGUAGCCGGAGUUUCAACGGAAGAACUAAUUCCGGUCUCCCUAUUAACAACGGAAACAUCGUCAGCUCCGGGAAGCUGACACGUGUCUCCAGCACACCAGCACUCAAAGCACUUGUUUCGCCGGAAUUCGCAUCUGCUGUCUCCAGACCGAUGAUUCCCGCCGGCGAAUCAAAUCCGAAACUCCCCGGCGAAUUUUCCCGGAAGAGAAAGUCUGCGUCUAAAGGGAAACCCAAGGAAAAUCCCCUUUCCACCGCAUCCCCAUCUCCCACUUUCUCAAAAACGGCGGAAAGGAAGCAAGAUUGGAAUGGAAAAGGAAUCAAAAUUUCAGAAGAAAAAGGAGGGAAAAGGAGAAGAGAGGAAGAAGAAGAAGAUAAAGAUGAAGAAGAAGAAGGGAACAAAAGCAAUAGCACAAAACCACCUGAACCUCCUAAAGAUUACAUCCAUGUUCGAGCUCGACGAGGCCAAGCCACCGACAGUCACAGUCUCGCCGAACGGGUUCGGAGGGAGAAAAUAGGAGAAAGGAUGAAGCUGCUUCAAGAUCUUGUGCCUGGAUGCAAUAAGGUUACUGGGAAGGCACUGAUGCUGGACGAAAUUAUAAACUAUGUACAAUCAUUGCAAAGACAAGUUGAGUUCUUGUCAAUGAAGUUAUCAUCAGUGAACGACACCAGGCUGGAAUUUAACAUGGACACUCUUGUGUCAAAGGAUGUUAUGAUUCCAUCAAGUAGCAACCGGUUACAUGAAGAAGGGAUCCAGUGUGAAUCUUCAAAUCAUCAUCAGCAACUCAAUAAUUAUAAUAAUAAUUCACAGUUACAUCCUAAUAUUUCUUCCAGUAAUAUGAUGCUCCAAUCCUCUAUGAAUUCACUGGAAACCUCUACCUUAGCCAGAAGCUUCACUCACUUACCAACACUUACCCAAUUCACUGACUCCAUUUCUCAGUAUCAUAUGUUUAGCGAAGAAGAUUUACAGAGCAUUGUAGGGAUGGGAGUGGCACAUAAUCCCAACCAUGAAUCUCAAAACAUGAAAAUUGAGCUUUGAUCAACCAGUUUAUUUCAAGGCCUCAAGGAAGAAAAUAAGAAAAAAAGGAUUGAUGGGUGUACAUAAAUAUACCAAUAUCUAUGAUUUAUACAUAUUCUCAUCUCCAUAUAUAUAUAUACACAUAUAUGAUAGUAACCUAUUUCUUAAUCUUUUUUUUUUUUUUUUACCCUCUGUUAAUGAUAUUAUAUCAUUUUCAAAUUCCUCAUUAGGGUUCAAUUGUACUGUUGGAUUCUUUUCGUUUUUCUAAUGUAAUAUCAUUGUAAGUUCAUUACCUCCACUACAAUCCAAGAUAAUUAAU